AUGAGUUUAAGUGCAAUUGCAAAUGGACAAAACAUUAGUAUACUCCUUUCACCUCCUAAAUCACCUGAAACAUCUCCAACUAAUACUUACUUUGAUCAUUAUGGUACACAAAUUUAUCGAUAUAAACAAAUUCCUCAACUUUCCUAUCAACUUCUAUUUCAAUCUCAACUUGCUCAAUCAACAAAUUCGUCGAAUUCAUAUCAAUGUAUCAGCAGUAAAACGUAUGGCUCUUCGCAAUCGUUAAUUGAUGACCAAUCAAUGCAAAUCGAUAUCAGUACGUAUUACUCAAAACGAUUUUCGCCAAGUUCGUUGCGCAAUCACACAUAUUCACACAUAUUCACAUACUGGUGA